AUGGCUUCUAUUUACCACUAUGCCACUUCUUUUAUAAUCUUCCUCUCUCUCAUCGGCCCCAAUUUGAGCGCUCUGGUAGAGCAGCAGCCUCUGGUACUCAAGUACCACAACGGCGCGCUUCUCAAGGGCAACAUAACCGUCAAUCUCAUCUGGUACGGCCGCUUCACCCCGAUCCAACGGUCCAUCGUCGUCGACUUCGUCCAGUCCCUCAGCUCCAGGCGGGCCCCGCCCGGCUCCGCGGCGUCCUGGUGGAAAACGACGGAGAAGUACAAGAGCGGCGCCUCGAACCUCGUGGUCGGGAGGCAAGUCCUCCACGAGGCCUACACUCUGGGAAAGUCCCUCGGCAACCAACACCUGGUGGCCCUCGCGGGCAAAGUCAACGCGCUCAAAGCAAUAAACGUGGUUCUGACCGCUAGUGAUGUGGCGGUCGCCGGGUUCUGCAGCCGGUGCGGGACCCACGGGUCGACCCGGGAUAAGAAGACGGCGUACAUCUGGGUCGGGAACUCGGAGGCCCAGUGCCCCGGCCAAUGUGCCUGGCCGUUUCACCAGCCCAUCUACGGCCCACAAACGCCGCCGUUAGUUGCGCCUAACGGCGACGUCGGGAUUGACGGCGUCAUCAUAAACCUCGCCACGCUUUUGGCGGGAACCGUGACCAAUCCGUACAACAACGGCUACUUUCAGGGUCCGGCGAGCGCGCCGCUUGAGGCGGUCUCGGCGUGCACGGGCGUUUUUGGAUCUGGGGCUUACCCGGGUUAUCCGGGUCGGGUCCUGGUGGAUAAAUCAACUGGGGCGAGCUACAACGCGGUUGGGGCCAACGGGCGCAAGUUCUUGCUGCCCGCCAUGUGGGACCCGCAGACCUCUGCAUGCAAGCCGCUUGUGUGA